UGCUGCAGUUGCACCAGUAGCUAUUCCGCCGUCAGCUGAAACACUUUGCCCCGAUGGUUCUUUUCGCUCAACUCGUGUUUGUCGUGCUCGACGUCAAGAAGGACAAGAAGCGCAAGCAUGGCUGCCCUCCCGAGUGCCGCAAGCAGCGCUUCAGGGACCCGCAGGGUCAAGAACGUUACCGUCCUCACAAUAGUUGAAGACAUCAAAGAGCCAUACAAGCAAGAGGUUUCUAUUAUCUUCUUUAACAAAUUGAAUGACCUUCUCCCUAAGGUUAGAACAUUUGUAGAGGAGAUUGAACAUAUGUGGGAACCAGAUGCCAUCCAUCCUGGUGAUGGAACUGAACUCGAGCUGCAUGACCUGCUCUGUAUGACGCAGCAAACAGGCAUGACGGCCGAGCCCCUCCCUGGGAACACCAACUGCUGGCUGGCCCACAGUGACCCAGGGGACAUGGCCUGUUUAGGGCGCACUGCGUUCCUCAUCCCAAAUGAGGGGUUCAAGGAACUUUUAGAAAACAAAAAUGAAGCCAGGGAGCGAUUUUUAAGGAGCACAAAGGCAUCCUUUACCUUCUCCAAGAAUGAUAUCCGGUCGACAGACUCCUCUAACGUUGUAGUUUCCACGACCGCGCCGGAGAUGCUUGCUGAAAUACCCUUUCAGAACGAGAAAAGACGCUUUAACUGGCCUGAGGAACGUGCUGUCUUGAACUGGAUCCUUCAACGCGCUGGCAGUGAGGAGUUCGCAGCCGACGUGCUCCCUGAGUCUUGUCCAUCAACAUGGCGGGUUUGGACCAGAUUGACACGUAUCAUAUGCCUUUAAUGGUUUCUUUCAAGAAGGACCUUGAUCCGUAUAAUAUUCCCAGGGGGAAUGCGGAAGUAACUUCGCUGUUCAUUAAUAGUAUUUUAUCCGACAGAACUAACACCGAUAUAUACCAGUCACUUGUCUAAUCUACAUCUAACGAGAACGCUGAACGUCGCGUUCAGCUGGAUAGUUCACUGUAUCAUCAGUAGUUAGUUUGCAAUCCGUUACGUAGUUGAUAUUCUACUUAUGGUUAGUAGGAAAGUUCUUUUCUGUUAUUUUUUUGUGAUGCAUGCAGAUUUUGUUUUAUAAAUAAAACUAUUUUGAAAUUA